AUGACGGAGACUGAAAUACCAUAUUUCGAAACUGAGAUCACAAAAGAAUCAAGUCCUAUGGCUAUUGCUCUUGCAAAACAUUUACGUGCCAUUGGAGCAAAAUUGUAUGGGGCUUUCUGGUGUUCGCAUUGUCUAGAUCAGAAACAGAUGUUUGGGAGGGAAGCAGCAAAAUUAUUGGACUAUGUGGAAUGUUUCCCUGAUGGAGUAAGCACCGGAACUAAAAUGGCGAAAGUCUGUUCAGAUGUUAAACUUGAAGGGUUCCCCACCUGGGUAAUAAAAGGCCAGAUUAUGAGUGGAGAGAAGCAGUUAUCAGAGCUUGCUAUGUUAGCCGGUAUCAAACUUGAAGAUUCAAGUCCACUGAACUGA